CGCAGCUGCCUGGUUUUUUGAGGUUUUAUUUCCCGACGAUGCGGCCUGGGCAGCUCUUUCUUAAUCAUCUUCAAUGUUCCUGAGAACCGGCCAGAGGAGAACCAGCCAACCAUAUCUGGCAUCAGUGCAACUAAUGGACUGCCGUUCACUUCCGAGGUGGUCUCUCCAAUGAUUCUAGGUCGAACAUGGACUGUUCGAGAAACCCUUGACGAUGGUCGUUCAUCAGGAGCUUGCAACCCGCACAAAAACCGUCUGCUCAUUCUUCGCCAUCCAGGGUACCCGCAACACACAGACACGUGGAGACCCUGGUUUCCCUUUUGUGGCCGAGGAAACUGCCGAAUAUUCGUUCUGUAUGAUACUCACAGCACUUUCGGGCGACGGCCACUGGUCCGCGGAAAAGCCUUUCGCAUACCUGUUGCAGAUAGAUGACGUGAAGAUAUUGCUUGACUGCGGGUCUCCAGAAUGGUGCACGGAAAAUGGCCAAGCAGAUUGGACAUCGUAUACCUCGGCGCUUAAAGCCAUUGCGCCAUCAGUUGAUCUUGUCCUGUUCUCACACGGGGAUCUGAGCCACAUCGGCCUUUACGCGUAUGCCCAUUCCAGGUGGGGGUUACAUGCCCCUGCGUAUGCCUCAUUACCCGUCCAGGCCCUUGGGAAACUUGCCGUUUCCGAAGAGGCGGAAGGCAUACGGUCUGAGCAAGACGUGGAGCAGCAAGAAAUGCCCGCUGGAAACCAACCGGACGGAGAAGCACCUGAUAAUGAACACGCGUCUACCGCCAGUAGCAAGCCCUUGAUUCCUACACUCAAAGAGAUAUCCAUAGCCUUUGAUUCUCUCAUCACCUUGAGAUACUCUCAACUUGCUCAUCUCUCUGGCAAAUGUCAAGGAUUAACCAUUACGCCAUACGCCGCUGGCCAUACACUCGGUGGCACAAUAUGGAAAAUUCGAUCGGCAUCUUCAGGCACUAUCAUGUAUGCUGUGCAUUUAAACCAUAUGAGCGAGCGGCAUUUGGAUGGCACGGUGCUUAUCAAAGGGGGCGUCAGCGGAAGUUCAGUCUUCGAGCCCCUUGCUCGGCCAGAUCUCCUAAUCACCGAUGCCUCACGCACUCUUCUGACGGUUCCACGACGGAAAGAUCGCGAUGCUGCUCUGCUAGAAACCAUCACUACUGCAUUGGAAAAUUCCCAUUCGGUCUUCCUCCCCUGCGACUCUUCAACUCGCUUACUGGAGCUUCUUGUUUUACUAGACCAACAUUGGACAUUUGCCCAUCUGCGAGUGCCGAUGUGUCUCAUUAGUCGAACUGGGAAAGAGAUGUUAAGCGUCAUCCGAACUAUGGUUGAUUGGAUGGGUGGAGCUAUUGCAAGAGAAGACGUCAGUGUGCCGGUCAGUCGGUCCGGUCAAAGAAGACGAAACGACUACGAGGACGAUCUCGUUAAUCCUGCACUCCGUUUACGUUAUCUCGAAUGUUUCUCCUCUCCAGACGCGGUAACCCGGAAGUAUCCAUCGAAUAUGCCGAAACUCAUUCUCGCUGUCCCACUAAACCUUUCGCAUGGGCCUUCUCGACAGUUUUUCACUGAACUUGCCUCUGUUACCGGAAACCUUCUGGUUCUAACGUCCCGUGGUGAUCCGGGCACACUGACUCGCUUGCUGUACGACCAGUGGCAUGCCGCUCAGAAAAACGAUCACACUCUAAAAGUUGGGGAACCGAUUGAUGGGACUGGCGAAGUUUUAAAUGUAGUGUUGCGCUUGAAGGUGCCAUUGCAGGGCGCUGAGUUGGAGGCAUACGUCGCUGAAAAACGUGCUAUCAAAGAACGGGAAGCCCUCCAGCAAGCGACCUCAGCACGCACCCAGCGACUGCUUGAAGCUGAUGAAGGUGAAGAAAGUAGUGACGAGGAAGACAGUGAUGGCGGUUCCGAGGCAGGAGGUGGUACUAAUGAUGCUCAUGAUGGGGAUGUCACUAUGGAUGGAACCCGCUCGAGAUCGGGCAAUGCGGGCGGAGAUGCUCAGGGUGGACUUGACUGGUCCCUUCUAGAUGCUGACGACACUCAGUCUCGGGCCCAACAACUCUCGUUCGAUAUUUAUUUGAAGGGGAAUGUCUCUCGUGCAACGUCGUUCUUCCGAAGCACUGUCGCUGGUGUAUCGUCUACUCAGCAGGCGGGUCUGACGAGAUUUCGUAUGUUUCCUGUUGUGGAGAGGAAAAAACGAAUCGACGCGUAUGGUGAAACGCUUGACGUUGGAAUGUGGAUGAGGAAAGGAAGGGCGCUCGAGGAAGAUAGCCGCACCGUUGAGACGGAGGAAAUGGACGUGGUAGAAGCACAAGAUGAGGCGGCGGAAGAAGUGCCAUCGAAAUUCGUCGCGGAGAACGUGCCUGUUCGACUAGCGUGCCAGAUCUUCUUCGUGGAUAUGGAAGGACUCAAUGAUGGCCGCGCAGUCAAGACUAUCGUACCCCAAGUAAAUCCCCGGAAGAUGAUAGUUGUCGGAGCAUCAUCCGAAGCAACGGAGGCCUUGAUUCACAGUUGUGGCUCAAUCAGAGCGAUGACGAAGGAGAUCUUUGCGCCAGCUGCUGGGGAACGCCUGACGAUAGGUCAACAGACGAAUACAUUCACUGUCUCACUAUCUGAUCAACUUUUGGAUUCAAUAAUGAUGUCGAAUUUCGAGGACAAUCAAGUAGGCUUUGUGCAUGGAAGGAUAACGAUGAGCGCAGACUCCUCUAUCCCCAUCCUCGAACCAGUCGUGAAUGCGUCCUCAGCCUCCGCUCAAUGGAACAGGGUUCCUGGGUGCAUUCCUCAACUUCCCAGGUCUACUCUUGCCCCACGUGCUAGUUGUUCUCUAGCACCUUCCACUAUUAUCGGCGACCUGAAAUUGACGGCGUUAAAAAACCGUCUCGGAGCAGUCGGCAUCAGUGUCGAAUUCGCUGGUGAGGGUGUUCUUGUAUGUGCUUCCCCUAGUGGAAGCGAUUAUGUCACAGUGAAAAAGGUGGGAAAAGGACAAGUCAUCCUUGAGGGAUCUCCAUCCGAGCUAUAUUACUCCGUGAGGGAUGAGGUGUACGAGCUACACGCAAUGCUUGAGACUUGA